GGUGGAUAAGGCAAGGAAAGCUUGAGUUUGUGUGUUGUGCUGCUCCUGGUUAAAUCUCUGGUUUCUGUGGGUGUCUGUAAACAAAAAACUCACACUUUGGCUUGAUUUGACUUUCUUAAAAAAUUGAGUUUUCUGCUGCGUCUCCCAGAAUUCCUGUAGAGGGAUAAACAAACAUUUCUCAGUAGCUCAAAGCUGGCUACUUUUCUCACCUGGCUGGCUACUAAAAAAUUUGGAAGCCAUGGAGACCAAGAAGGAGGCGGAGCUACUGGAGUGCAGGCUGAGUGUGUCAGACUUUGUGAAAAUGCAGAACCUCUUCCUGCCAGGUGAAGCAGGUGAGUCAGGUGACCCGGUGUCCUUGGAGAGGGCGGAGUUUGUGGAGCGGGCGUGCUCCCUGGUGGGCCGAGGCUCGCGCGAGGAGUACGGGCAGCUCUUCGACAACGUGGACGUGACCCGCGAGGGCCGCGUGGACUGGGAGAAGCUGACCACCUUCCUGCUGCUGGAGCUGUCGGAGAAGGACGAGCACGCCCGGGCGGCCAUGGUCACGCGCUGGAGGCCGCUCCGAGCGCUGGCCGCCGCGCACAGGGAGCCCGUCCAGCAGGUGGCAUACCUGAGGAGCUCCGACGAGUACCUGAGCGUCAGCAAGGACGGCGUGCUGGCAGUGUGGGCGGACGACCUCGCCCUUCUGAAGACCCAUCGCCUCGCCAACGACUCUGUCAAGCCUAAAGAUCUCUGGGUAACCGGAAUGGUGGUCCUGGCAAACGUGCAAAAGAUAGCUGUGAGCUUCACCAGUAAGGAGAUCUGCUUCUAUGACCUACUGUCCAAGCAGGAGUUCAGCUGUCAGUACAAACUCCAGGGCCUUAAACACACUCCCAUCAGCCUGGACUACUGGUUCAAUCCCGAGAAUUCAAAUGAGGCUGUGCUCAGCUUCGGAGAUGUUGGAGGAAAGGUGAGCGGCAUCUGCUUCAGGACGGCCCAGAUGUCCCUGUUCGAGAGGCCUGGCGCAGGGGCGGAGCAAGAGGCGGUCCUUGUCAUCAAGUGGGCGGAGCUUGCGCAAGGUCGCCAUAAGUGCUGUUAUACCGUCCAGCACCAGGCGCACGGCCAGGUGUGGGUCCGUAGAGUGAGGUUCCUGGAACACCUGGAAGCCUUCAUGUCCUGCUCCACCUGCAGUGAGAGCAGCCUGGUCCUCGCCUGGAGAGAAAAAGAGGCCAAAAGCCUCCGGACCACGCCCUUCCACAUCCCCAAGGGCACCAACGACCAGGACUACCACACCGGCCUCAACCUCAUCGCCACGGCAGGCAUCGACAGCAGGGUGUGUCUGUGGAACCCCUACGUGACCUCUAAGCCAGUGGGUGUUCUGCGGGGUCACAUGACUAGCGUUGUGGCAGUGCAAUUUGUUCUGGGAAAGAAUCAGCUGAUGAGCUUCUCCAAAGACAAGGUGUUGAGGGUGUGGGACGUGCAUCACCAACUCUGUGUUCAGCGGGUGGCGGGGGUCUUCCCCCGGACGCAGGAGUGCCAGACGCGGCUCUUCUUUCACGAGGAGUGCGGCCGGCUGCUCCUCACCUUCAACAGCCUGCUCACCCUCCUGGAGGCCUGGCAGGAGGUGGGCAGGAGGGUGAGCAGCCACGAGCACGCGGUCACCUGCGUCCUGUACAACCCCCUCUUCAAACAGGUCAUAAGCAGCGAUGCCGGCUCCACCAUUACCUGCUGGUUAAUCGACACAGGUCAGAAGGUCAAGCAGUUCAACCACUGCCAUGGCGACGCCGAGAUCUCCACCAUGGCUCUGGACGCCUCCCAGACCCGCCUGUUCACCGGAGGCAGCGACGGGUCUGUCAAGGUGUGGGAUUUCAAUGGACACUGCCACCACAAGCUGAACGCGGGUCGGGGUCAGGCCGUGGAGAUCUCCCAGAUUCUGGUCCUGAAGCGGACGGUGCUUGUGCUGGGAUGGGAGAGGAUAAUCACCGUUUUCCGGCUCAACACGUUCUCCCAGUUUUUAAUUCAGCCAUCUGAGUGGAAAGGCGGUGUUCAGCAUCGCGACGAUGUCCUCUGUGCCGCCUUCCUUCCCCCUCAGACUCUGGUCACAGGGAGCUAUGAUGGACAGAUCACGGUGUGGAACAACAGCACAGAGAAUGCCCUGCGCAAGCUUCAUUGGGCCGGCCAGCAAGGGUUGAGGUCCCGCUCAGACAGCAAAUUACUGCGGCCGCACACUGUGCUGGCUACCCCGAGGAGCUCCCUCCCUGCCUUACCCCUGCUGUGCCCUGCCCCCGCUGGCGUGGAGGACCCAGAGUGCAGCAACGCCGUAACCCGUCUCUUUUUCCUGGAGGCCAGAAAGAGCGUGGCCGCAGCGGGGGGGGCGGACCUGGUGUCUUGUGGGGGCUCGGGUAUGGUGCGUUUCUGGAACACGGCUCAGGGCUGCAUCAUGGGGGAGUUCGUUGCUCACGAGGACUGCGGAUCCAUCAUAAUGACGGUGGACAGGAGCGCACGAUACCUCAUCACCGCAGACAUGGACGGAGGAGUGAAGGUGUGGGACAUACAGGACUACUGCCUCCGCCCCUGCGAGGGCGUGAACCGUGAGGCUCCGGCGCUGCUGACCAGCGCCCGCCCUCACCUGGACUGCGUGACUCAUCUGGAGACCUGCGUUCAUGGCGGGCAGCUCUACCUCCUCUCCGCCUCCGCGGACUGCAGCCUGGCGCUAAGCUACCUCCCUGGAGCUGCCCUGGGCAUCUUUGGACAGGAGGUGCACUGGAACCUCGAUUGGACUGGGGAGCCCCUACCAAACGGCAACGUCCUGCAGGAGAACCAGGAGAGCGAGUCGGGCCGCAGGGAGGGGCCGGGGUCAGCCACACCCUCCGAGCAGCCGUCCCGGGGGCGGGGAUAUCCAAUUUCGGAGGACGCGUCCGUGUUCUUGGCUGUGGAGGUCGAUCCGGACUGUGUGGAAGGGAGCAUCAACACCAGUCCCUGGAGCAGCAGCAUUCUGGGAAAGAGCUACCAAGAGAGGUGGAGCCUGAGGAAGAGUGACAACAAGCCGUCCCUGUGGAACGAUACACAAAGUCCCAUCGGAACAUUCAGCUCACUGCAUAUGGAGGAGCUGGAUGCAGUGGCAGACGUCCACAAGCCUGACUUUGUGACCAACCCUCAGCAGUACUUCAGGGAGAGCUGGGAUUGCGCCACGCCCAUUCCGUCCUACCUCCCUAUCGCCAUGGAGACGGUGAAAGCAGCCUUUGAUGCCAAGAGUCUGUUUCCGAGAGAACUCCUGGAGCGGGACCAGUGGACGGGGCCGCCGCACGGGGCCUAUGAGGCUGGAACGAAGAGGAGCGGCGGGCAUGGGCGUGGCAGGAAACCAAAAGCUACAGCGGCUUUCAAAGCCAAAUAAAAGAAGACCACACACGCGCACUCACACACACACACACACACACACACACACAAAGGCCUCUUUUAGUACAAAGCCCAUUCAUACUGUAUACUGUAAACCUAGAAAUUGUAGAUGUGCCCUUGCUUUAUUGAAAUUAUUUUUCAUAUUUGUUUUAUUAAGACUAUGACAUUGAAAUGGAAGGUCUUUUAUAUUACAGUUGCAUUUUAUUUGUGCACCAUUCCCCGGGGAGAGCUGGACUGGACUUGAAUCCACUUACGGCAUGUCUCUGCAUUCAUUGUUACAAUUGUGUUGAUGAGCAUAUUCUUAUACCAUUGCUCAUCUACGCUGUGUAUAGAGGCUGGAGAGAUUUGUUGAAGACGUGUGUUGGAGUUAGGUUUCCCGGUUCCACCGAUCACUAUCCUGAUGAAAGCUAUCAGAUUAAUCACAGAGAUCACUUCAUUUCUCAGUACAUUGGGCUACAAGGUGAUGCAAGAGACUGUCACCUUUUCAGUCUCCAGUCUGCUCAGCGAGACAGUGCACAUCAGUUUGAUGGAUGCAUAAUGGCUGUGGGCCCUCAUGCUAAAUGAUGCAUUUAGUGCUGAUUCUGAAUCAGGACACCUCACAGUGCAGUGUUACACUUUUGGUUCAACUUUUUGGUUUCUGCCCAUCCUCAUUGCUUUGAGGGGCAGAAGACUGAUGGCUCAUGGUGUUGGAAGAGGGGGAGUCUUCAACAAAAGUCUUGACCUGCAUCAUACAUGCGGGCAGGAAAGUAUGUCUGUGAGUGUGAAUGCGUGUGUAAUAAGUGCAUCUAGACCUGUUGUUGAGGGAGCUGUAUAAACCUGCCUGUAGAUACUGUACUACACAAACAGGCCCAGGAGCGUAUUUGGACUCUAAGGAUCCCUUAAAUCCCCCUGAAAAAGAGAAACAACAACAAAGAACUGUGAGUGUGUGACAAGCCAGUGAAGAGUUUGAAAAACAGCGCUACUCUUUAAGGUGAGACAGCAGCUCUCCGGGCCAAGAGCGAGAAGAAAGCGCUUUCGGAAGACUUUUGCAGAACUUUAAUAAGAGCGACUUUUCAGACUUCACAGAAAGUUUUUCUUUUUCUCCGUGCGGCGAGCGGCGGAGGCAAUCCGGAGCUCUUCCCGGCCCGUUGCCAGGCAGGGAGAACGGAUGGGCUCAUUUGCUGCCGUGGCGGAUAAGACCAUCAGCGGUGCGGUUCUGCUGGCGCUGACAGACUGAGGCCGAUACGCGGUUCGGGGGGACGGGAUUAUUGAUGGUCCUCGACGAGGGCUCUAAUCUCUCCUCAGAAACAGAAGGCUUAAAUUACAGCGGGGACAGCAGGCUGAGGCUGGGUCCAGCUCACCCCCUGCGACUGGCGGAAGACUCAAUUAAAAGCCUGAAGUUUCCACAGAGGUCACGGGGCGCGGAGUGGAGGGGAAAACCAAUUAUCGUAAUAAAUGCAAUUUUUUGAUGAUAAUUAGUGUUCGUGCUGUUGCUCUGAAAAACACCUGUUGCUUCCCAUGAUUCUGACAGAUGAAAAGAUUGUUGCCAUGGCACUGAACCCAGACCAAUUUAUUUUUUAAUAUGUGGUGCAGGAACAAAAAAAAAACUGUGAAUUUCUGCACUGUUUGUUUUGCUUGUUGAAAUAUCAUAUGAUCUAAUAAAAAUAACCAUUGGUUCAUAAUCCUU